UUCUAGAGUGCUAUUACCCCGGCCUUUCUUUCUUUCUUCCCUGAUCAGCUCAUCCGUUCCCUCUUCCAUCUGAUUGUCCCGCCGCUUGUCUUGGAUGUUCCCCGCUUCUUCACCAUCUGUGGCACCAACUUACACAACAUUUCUUUUAAAACCGCGCUUCAUCCCUCACUAUGACAAAAGAAUCUUUACAACUUUUUUUUUUUUCGUUCUCCCUUCAAGUUACUUCUUCUUCCUCUUCAUCUGUCCCUGCUGUUAGUUCUCGCGAAAGUGUGAUCUCUCCUCCUUCAUAUUCCUUCCUUCCUUCCUCCUGUCCCAUUGGCUGCUCCGACUCCAUUGGUUGCUCCUAUCUUCGCCGCUUCUCCUUUCAUCUUUUCAUUCGACAACACAUCCGAUCAGGCUAUUUCUUCUCCCACUUCAUCUGCCCAUGGUGUUAGUUCUCGUAAGUUGAAACAAAUAUGAAAGCAUAUAAAAU